GGACAAAUUGCCGCGGGUUCAGUACCGCCAGUGGAACCGGGAGAUGCGGCGCAGGAGCAGUUGCUGUGUUUGCCCUUAUCUUAGUUUAGUCUCUUAUUGUGAUUUUUUUCUGCGGCUUCUAUCAUGUUGUUACCUUCGGACGUAGCCCGGCUGGUUUUGGGUUACUUACAACAAGAAAACCUCACUUCUACCUGCCAGACUUUUAUUUUGGAAAGUUCAAAUUUAAAAGAAUACGCAGAACACUGUACAGAUGAAGGUUUUAUCCCAGCCUGCUUACUGUCCUUAUUUGGAAAAAACUUGACAACAAUUUUGAAUGAAUAUGUAGCUAUGAAAGCAAAAGAAACAUCAAAUGAUGUCCCAGCAAUAAUGUCAUCUCUGUGGAAGAAGUUAGACCAUACGCUUUCUCAGAUCAGGAGUAUGCAAAGCUCCCCAGGGUUUGCUGCCAGUCAGAGAGCCAGAACAAGAAGUGGAAUUGCAGAAAUCAAACGGCAGAGAAGGCUUGCAUCUCACGCAGCUCCUGUCAGUUCAGAGUUGCUGACUUUACCAUAUGUAUCAGGACAAUUUACUACUUCUCCCUUGACAGCUACACAAGUUGUUCGGCCAACUGGCCAAAUUUCAGCUCCAAUGAGGUCAAAUUUUGUAGUGGUUAACCAUUCACAGUCACAAGACACUGUAACUGCUGGAGAAACUUUAAAUAUUAUUCCUGCUCCUCAGGAACGGAAAACUCAUGCCAGUUUAAUGUCCCCUGGGAGACGCAAAAGUGACGCUCAAAAGAAAGGUAUCACUUUGUCUGGUCCUCAUUCAACAAUACGGAAUUUUCAGGAUCCAAAUGCAUUUGCAGUAGAAAAACAAAUGGUUAUUGAAAAUGCACGAGAAAAAAUAUUAAGCAACAAAUCUCUUCAAGAAAAGCUUGCAGAAAACAUAAAUAAGUUUUUGACUAGUGACAACAAUAUUGUUCAAGUACCUAAGCAAACAGAUAGCAACCCUACUGAGCCGGAGGCUUCAAUUGACGAACUCCUGGGACUUCAGAUAUCAGUAAAACACUCUCCUAAACCCAUACAGCAACAUAACAUGGACUUCUCACAUUUUUUGCAGAGUGAAAUUCACAUGUCUGAAGAAGCAAUACAGGAUAUAUUGGAACAGACAGAAUCAGACCCAGCAUUUCAAGCACUCUUUGACCUCUUUGACUAUGGUAAAACAAAGAAUAAUAAAAAUAUACCACAUGGCAUUUCCAGUCAGCACAUGGAAACCAGUCCCAGUAUAGUCUUAACAGAUGAAACUGAUCUAAUAGUUAAAAGUCCUUUUGAAACAGAAGCUUCUGAUGGUCAGUCUGGUCAGCCCCCGUUUUGUACAUCCUAUCCAAAUGAAGACGCAUCAAAUACUUUGAAGAGCGGCAGCAACCGUGAUGCACUUAGACAGGAAGCCCAGGAACAUUUUUCCCAAAUAGGCUCCAACAUCCCUAAAAAAGUCUUCAAAACAGCUGUACCUGUUGAACCGAAGUGUAACCUUGACAUUACCUUUGAGCCUGUGCCUCAUUUGAAUGACUAUAACCAAAGAGGAAAUUCUGAUGAUGUAUGUGAUCAGCAUUGUGCUGAAUUAUACACCAGUCAGAUGUCCACCGAGACUGAAAUGGCUGUGGAAGUUGAAAAGAAUUCUUUGUCCCUAGAUGUGCCGAGUGAAUCUCAGUUACAACCUGAUCAGUCUGACAUUCCAGUAACUUCGUUUAUUUCACUUGGUGGUGAAACUAACAAUGAGAACUUAAUCCUGUCUGGAAAAAGUUCACAACUUUUAUCCCCAAAUACUUCAUUAACUGGAAGGCCAUCUAAAAAAACUCAAUUUUGUGAAAAUUCUCAUGAUAUAGUAAGACUUAAAACUAAUUUUCAAGGUUCUAAGUCACCAGAUUCUAGUGAAAUUCACCAGAAUAAAAUUGAAAUUCAGAAUGUAUUACCAGUUGCAUCACGACAGCUUUCAGAUCGCCAAGAUAAUUCUUCACUUCAGAGUAAAUUAGUACCUGUUCCUGUGGAAAAUUCAGGUUUAAAUGUAUCUGAACAACAAGUAGACAUCUGUCUUAGAGAUUCAGUAACUUCCGUUAAACAGCCGCCUAAUGAUUCACCGUGCAUCGAGUUAAAGCGUACGGAAAAUGAAACUCAGCCAUCAGAGUCUGAGAAAGCUGCUUUGGAUUCACAGGAGCCUUCAUCUUCUGUAAAAGAAGAUGGAGAUACUGUUUUUCUCUCUUUGGGUGAAAACAAUAACUGCGUGGAAGUGGCUUUGAUGCCUCCAGAAGGUAAUCCUGUAGAAGAUAGUGACCCUCUUCCUUCAGAAUCUGUGUGUGCUUCAAUGGGAGAUUCUAACCCUGAGUCUCAAAAUACUGGCGAUAAACCGAGGGACAGCUCAACGGAGAUAGAUGCAUCGAAUAUUGUCUCUCUCAAAAUUAUCAUUGAUGAUUCAUUUGUUUCCUCAGAUACUGAACUUAACAGUGCUGUUUCUAGUAUCAGUGGAGAAAACUUGCCAACUAUAAUUUUGUCUUCUGCUAAAUCACCUGCCAAAAAUGCAGAAUUAGUUAAAUGCCCGUCUUCCGAAGAAACUGCAGGUACUAUUGUAUCUGCUGAAGGAGUAGGAAAUUCAGCUUCACUGCAGGAGGGUCUCAUAGCACUCAAGCCUGAAGACUCUACAAUAAACAACACUCAGAGUGAGGACAGCGGAACCACUUCAGUAAACGUUACACCCUGCAUUUCCAAGGAUGGAGGGUAUAUACAGUUGAUGCCAGCUACGAGCACGACCUUUAGCAAUUCAAAUAACAUUCUGAUAGCUACUUGUGUAACUGAUCCAACAGCCUUGGGGACGGCUGUAAGUCAAUCUAAUGUUGUGGUGUUGCCAGGAAGUUCUACGCCUAUUACUGCUCAGCCUCCGGCACCUCAGUUACAGACACCUCCAAGGUCAAGCGGUGUAUUUGCUGUCAACCAGGCUGUGUCACCAAACUUUUCACAAGGAUCUGCUAUCAUAAUUACUUCUCCAGUCCAGCCGGUUCUUCAAGGAAUGGUGGGAAUGAUCCCUGUAUCUGUAGUUGGACAGAGUGGAAAUACCUUUUCUGCUCCUCCUCGGCAGGUCCUUCAUAUGCCUUUGGCAGCACCUGUAUGCAAUAGAAGUAUCCCUCAGUUCCCUGUACCUCCAAAAUCCCAGAAAGCUCAGGGACUAAGAAGCAAGGCUUGUACAGGAAAACAGGUAAAUAAUUUGGCGGAUUCUUCAAAUCAGUCAGUUGGAUUUCAGGCACAAAGAAUUGAAAUUUCUGACAAGAAUAUAGGUGCAGAUCUUGGAAGAAAAUUGGAAGAAAUCACAGUUCCCUUCUCAGGAGAGAGCACAUGUCCGACAAGCAAACCAUUUGAAAGUCACAGACGGGUGCUGUGUUUCGAUAACACUGCUUCUCCUGCGUCAAAUACACAGGGACCAAACCAUAAGGUGGUAUCCCAAAACAAAGAAAGGAACGAAACUUCUUUUCCUAAUCUGGACUCUCCCAUUAUGUCCUCCCCCUUAAAAUCCCCUUCUAAUAAUGCAAUCAAAAAAGAGAGAGAGAGACCCCCUGUGCCUAAGAUUUUAUCCAAAUCAGAUGCUGCCAUUAGCCGGCAUACCACCAUAAGAGAAACUCAGCCAGAAAAGAAAGUUUUGCCAACAGAAAUUGUACUUGAAUCUUUCCAUAAAGCAACAGCUAAUAAGGAGAAUGAAUUGUGCAAGGAUAUGGAAAAGCAGAAAAAUUCAGAAACUACAAAACUGGCUAAUGGGCAACAAAAUGGGAGUUUACGGAAUGAGAAAACUGUAGCGUCAUUGCAAGAACUGACCAAAAAGCAAGGCACAUCCUCAAACAGUAAAAAUGUAAUUUCUGUAGGAGCAGUUGUGAAGGAUAUAAAACAAGAACAGACUAAAUCUUCCAGUUGUUUGAUUAACCCACUAAUGAAACAUACCACAGAAAUGUCACAAGAUGUGCAGUGGCAUAGCCCAGUAAAUAGGCUUGCUGAUAAUGGUGAGUUACCUGUUCCCCAGACACCUGGCUCAGGGGCAGGGGAAAAACAUAAAGAAGAACCUACAGAUGGUAUCAAGGUCCCUUCUAGUAGGCGUUUCAGUGAAGACAGUAGCACACCGAGAAUCAUGGUCCCUCCUGUCACCCCAGACUUGCCUGCUUGCAGCCCUGCCAGUGAAACAGGGAGUGAAAACAGUGUGAGCAUGGCUGCCCAUACAUUAAUGAUUCUCUCCAGAGCAGCUAUCUCUAGGACUACUUCAGCAACUCCUCUAAAAGAUAAUACACAGCAAUUUAGAUCUUCAAGGAGCACCACAAAAAAGCGAAAGAUUGAGGAGUUAGAUGAGCGUGAGAGGAACUCCCGUAUGUCUAAUAAAAAUCUUGGAAAUUCAUCAGUACCAAUGAAAAAGAAGAAAAUUAAGAAAAGGAAGCUACCCAGUUCAUUUCCAGCUGGAAUGGAUGUGGACAAAUUUUUGUUAUCAUUGCAUUAUGAUGAAUAAACAUUCUGAACAUACAUGAACAGUGGCUGUUUAAAACUGGUAUCCCUUCAACAAUGACUGUAGGGAAUGGGAUGGUGACAGACUCUGAAAGUUGGAGGUGCACCUUCAUUGUACUGGAACUUCACUUUGAAUCAUGCUGUUUCUGAAGCAGCUACCUGGUUUGUAAAUAGACUUACCUGUAAUAUUUCUAUUUUGGAAAAAAAGGCAUUUGCAGAAAUGUAAGUAAAGCCAAUCUGUGAGACUGUAGCUUUGGAAUUACAUAUUGUAAAUAUUAUGUACAUCUUGUUGAAAUAGAGGUUAAGUCCACCUAAUAUUCUUACACUGUGUUUUUUGACUUCUUAUCCCCAAUUCUGAGGCUUAUUCAUGUGGAAUAGUUUCUCACUUCUUCUGGGGGGAAAAUAAUGCUUUUCUUUAUAAAUUGCCUUCAGUAAUUGUCCAGGAAGACAUUUAAAAACAUAGCCACUGAAGAGUGAAAAGUGAUAACCACCUCAACUGGCAGUGAAGUACCCAAUCAGAAAUCAGCAAUUUGAUGAUUUUGUUUUAGAUGAUUUGAUGAUUUUGUUUUG